UCAAUAACAAAUUCAAAAAUUCAGCUGAAUCAAAGAAUUAGUCCAGCCAUGGGUGAAAAUGCAAGUUUUUGGGAAAGCUUGAUAUAUGCGCAUCCUACGUGUGUCACCUGGAAGCAAGAGGCAGAGGGAUCUAUCUACCACCUAGCUAGUAUUCUCUUUGUUGUUGGCUUCAUGGGUGGAAGUGGAUUCUCUGGGCUUCUCUAUGUCUUCAGUUUGCUUGGAUUAGGCUUCCUCUGCUCUUCUGUUUGGGCUUGGCUGGAUGUCUGUGCUGCUGAUAUAUUCUCCUGGAAUUUUAUACUGUUCGCUAUAUGCUUUGUACAAUUCAUUUAUGUUACCUACCAAGUUCGGAGUGUUUCCUUUGACAAAGAAUUCCAGGAACUCUACAGCGCUCUCUUCCAGCCUCUAGGAAUUUCUUUAACUGUCUACAGGAAGAUUGUCUUGUGCUGUGAUGCAGAAGUGAUUACCCUGGAGAAGGAGCACUGUUAUGCUAUGCAAGGCAAAACGCCUAUUGACAAACUGUCUUUGCUUGUAUCAGGCAGGAUCAGAGUGACAGUUGAUGGGGAGUUUCUGCAUUAUAUUUUUCCUCUUCAGUUUCUGGAUUCUCCUGAAUGGGAUUCACUGAGACCCACAGAAGAGGGAAUUUUCCAGGUAACGCUUACAGCAGAGACAGAUUGUCGGUAUGUGGCCUGGAGGAGAAAGAAGCUGUAUUUGCUGUUUGCUAAGCACCGUUUCAUCUCACGCCUGUUCUCAAUUUUAAUCGGGAGCGACAUCGCCGAAAAACUGUACGCCCUGAAUGACAGGGUGCACGUGGGGAAGGGGUUUAGGUAUGACAUCCGCUUGCCCAACUUCUACCACACUUCGCUUCCUGAGACACCCCCAGUGCCACCCCCACGCCGCCUGCAGAGGAGGUCCUCGGGGCGGCCACGGCCAGGUGUCCCCAAUUGCAGCUCCCCCAGGAAGCAGUAGCUUGGGGAUGUCCUCCCUGACCAUUCCCAGAGCUGAUCGGGGAAGCAUCUGAGUGUAGAGAUGAAGUGGAAGGAGACUCAGUAACGCCAAAAUUUGACUGAAGUGCCACUUACUUUAGCUGGAGUAGCUUGAAUUCUUCCUGUAGAGCCAGCUGGUUGGCUUGUGCAUUUUGACUACUCGUGCAACAUGUUUUGUUUCUGUUGAUUGUUCUGUUGAUCUUCUAACUUCAGGAGGAAAACAAAUGAUAAUAGGCUGGAGUUUUAUCGUAAUUGUGGCAGCCUCUGUGUAGUGUUUAUUAAAAAAAGAAACCAGAAGACAAGAACACAAAACCAACCAACUCUAACCACAGUAUUUGUGAUUAUAUUUUCUCUAAAUUACUUGCUGUAAUAAAAUACACAGUUCUACAUUAAUGCAAACAACCAAGCUGUCUUCAAAACACAGCAACCUGUUUAUAACACUGAAUUGUUGCCAUGUGAGCCUUGUUCCAAUUAACGUGAAGAAUGUUAGGGAAAAAGCAACCAGUUGUUUUGUUCUUCUUUUUGAAGAACUGGAAGAGUUUGAAGUGCUCGAAUUCUUCUAACAAAGAAACAAAAUAAAACAACAAAUCUUGUCCCAUGGGUGACCGCUUCCUCUCAGGCUGUCCUAAAAGGGCAUUAUGUGAAAACAAGCAUCAAUGUAAUUACUGGCAUUGGAAAAGUAAAGCAGUUAAUUGCUGCAAAUACGUACUAGGGAAAUGAUUGUGCAGUGUUUCUAAUAGAAUGUAAUACUACAGGCCCUGAACUUCCAGGGUGUAAGUGCCAUUCAUGACAUG